AUGACCGAACAGCUUUCAACCCCGCGCAUUACCGCCGCGUAUCUCGACAAUUUUGUCGGCCGAGUCGUCAUGCUUGUGGGUGAAGUGACUCAGCUUCGAGGUGAUCAGGCAACUUUGGAAUCUGACGGCACUGUCACUGUCUUGCUGAACAGAGAUGCCCAUCUCGCAAACGGAAAUGCCGUGCAGGUCAUUGGAAAGGUCAACCCGGACCUGUCGAUCAAAGUUUUGACAUCCCGGGACUUGGGGAAUACUGUGGAUCAUGGCCCUUUCCAGUCCUCGCAAGCAUACGCCCCUCGUGUGGCCAUGAUCUGGACAUCACCCAAGAGAUCUGAUGCUCACAGAUCCGUUACACAUCAAAGACAAGCUUAUUUUGACGAAGAAAAUCGAAAAUCAAACAGGUUACAAUCUAGAACGAGGUCACACGAUGGCCACAACAGACCUUCCACCGCCAUGUCUUUUACAACGUACAGUUCCGACAUUCGUGGCCGAGAAAUUGAAUCUCGACCUACCAGUCCACCCUAUCCAUCUCACAUUUCACAAACGCCAAUACCGACCCCUUCUAUGGGUUCGCUUCUACCAUCGCCACCAGAGGAAAUAACAAUAUGUCGUUCUUAUUCCCCGGAAACCACAAGCCCUUCUUUUAUCGAUACGCCCAGUGGUACAUAUUCAAGCUCACAGCAAACUUACGACCAACAAGAUUCUCACCUGUCACACAUACCAUCAGCUCAGCCCUACACGCCCCUAGGCUACUCUCCGCCCCUGAUGUCUUCUCCAAGUUUACUCCCCUCCCCGCCGAUGACACAAUCCACAGACGAUAGAUUCCGUUCAUAUCAGCCGCCUAUGUCCCCCACCUUCUCAGCCUCUUCCCGCCGCUACUCUUCGCCGGCAAGGCGCCGUUUCCCCGAUGAUUCGGCUAUUUCAGACUUAAAAUCAGAUGACCUUUCUGAAUCAGAGCUGUUUGACUCUGUUCUCGACGGGAUUGGACGCAUCCAUGUUUCAAUGGGUCGGGAUGAUGCAGGCAGGUGGCGAAUACAACGGGCCACUGACGAGAGACCAUAG